AUGAAAGCUUUAAUCUUUGGUGGUUCAGGAGCAUUAGGUCGAUCAAUGGUAAAGGUAUUUAAAGGGUGGAAAGUGACAAGUGUUGAUUUCAACAAGAAUGAGGAAUGUGACAAUAUUAUUAUUAAGAAUGCAAGUGAUAUCAAUCUUCUGAAAUCCGAAUUAAAUACCCUUGAGAAAUUUAAUUGCAUAGUUUGCGUGGCUGGUGGAUGGACAGGAGGCUCAAUAAAAGAAGAAAAUGUUCUAUAAGUUUAUGAGGAUAUGAAUCAGAAGAGUGUGGUACCAGCUCUAGUCUGCAGUCAUUUAGCUACAACAUAACUAUCUAGAUAGGGAUUACUGAUCUUUACAGGCGCUUAUUCUGUAUUCAAUGCACCAACACCAAGCAUGAUAGGAUAUGCUUUGGCAAAGACAGCAGUUCAUACUCUAGCAAUCUAGACUGCUGUAAGCACUCAUUUACCAGAAGAUUCCGCUGUGAUUACUCUAUUGCCAGAAACUAUUGAUACUCCUGCCAACAGAUAAGCAAUGCCAAAAGAAGAUUUUACGAAAUGGGCUAAUCCUGAUUAGGUUGCUGGAUUAGUUAGAUCAUGGGCUGAAGGUCUAAAUAGACCUAAGAAUGGAGCAUUCGUUCAUUUAAGAGUAAAAAAUGGUUCAAUUGCACCUGAUUUUCUUUGAUCAUUUUAUAAAUAUAACAUCAGAAAAAAUCACUAA